ACUGCCGUUGUGUUUGUGCUAUGUUAGCUUUUAAGAUUGCGGCGCUUUUAUUUAUAAAUCAUUCGUGAAGUUUCAUUUCAAUAAAUGUAAAAGCCUAUCCAUUUUCUUAAUAUUAAUCAAAUUCUUUGCAUAAGGGAAGUGUUUUUCAUAACAAAAUGAGCUCUGGUGAUGUACAAGAUAUGCCUCGCGCAACCAGAAGAUCUUUAAGGACAAUUCAGAGUACUGCAACGGACACCGAAAAUUUGGUGGGUAAACCAUCAAAUAGUCCUAAACAUCAGUUGUCCCGAGAAUCUCCUGUCCUCGACAUAGCUCCUCCAGUUAAAAGAAAAAGUCCAUCUCACAAGAAAGUACAAGCUAACCUUGAUGACAAAGUAUCUGUGGACGACUUGACCAAUCCUAAAACAGCUUCUAAAAAUUACUGGAAAGCUUUAGCUACAAAGAGCCAAGCUGCUUUACAAGAAGCAUUAAGCCAGAAUGAGAAGCUUCAUGAAACAAUAGAAGAACUUAAAGAGGAGAUUGUUAAGCUCAGAGAAAUGUUGGAAGAAGCUAAUGCCUUUGUGGAAGUGGUCAAGGAUUUAACCAAUAACACUAAUGAUGACACAGGCAUUGAUGUCAAUGAUGUCAGCCAGGCGGAUUCCCUGGACGAUACCCAAAAAACUGAAGACGGCAAUGAGCAAACAUCUUUGUAGACAAUAGUUUCUUUAUUUCUAGCUAUGUAAGUUAUAGUAUGUACAAUCAAUAUAUGUGACAAUAAUCAUAUUUGAGGUGAAGGCAGGUUUACAUAUUAUUUUUUAUUAA